AUGGAAGAAACCUCGGCGUUCUAUCGGCGGAUCCGUCGAAUCCAGACGCGAGUACUGCGUCUAGCCGGUUUGGUUCCUUUCGAGAACCGAACGCUGAUAUUCGCAGGAACUAUCCUGAUGUCGAUCUACGUGAACUUCGCGUUCACUGCCGUGAGCAGCGUCUACAUCUGGGCUUUCUUCGAGGACUGCCUGAACAAGAGGUUCAACCCGGACAUCACCUCCGAGUUAUUCUCCUUCGUCGGUUUUCACUUUCGAUUCAUGUACAUAUUCAGUCGGAGGAGGAAACUCGGCGAGAUGCUCGGAAACCAGUCGAUUAAAAAAUCUAAAACCCGAUUUCACAGCUACGCAGAGAGCCUCUGGGAGCGAGUGCGAAGCGAAGAAAAAGUCCACGUGCGUCUAUUCGUCCGCAAAGUCAGCAAACUGAGCGUCUGUUACUCGGGUAUCAUCCUCACGACCAUCACCCUCUACGUACUCUCGAGCCAGUUACCCCAAUUGACAGCUGCGGCGACGAACGAAACGGUCCACCGAGUGUUGCCCUAUCCCUUCUACGUCGACGUCCAAAGCUCGCCUCGUUACGAGAUCCUCCUCGGAGCCCAGAUCGUCUGUCUGCUCACCGUUACCCAAACGAGCGUCUGCGUCGACACGGCCAUCGCCUUUCUUAUCAUGAUCGCUUGUGGACACUUCAGGCUGAUACAGGUCAGGCUCGGGGUGAUCGCCAGGCAUAUCGAGGAGAACGAAGACAAGAGGAAGAGUCAAAGAUCCGUUGGCAAAAAUGGCGAGGUGAUCGAGGCCGAGGCUGAAAUGGACGAAGAAGAUUUUGAGAGGACCGACGACAGGGUCAGGGAGAGGGUCAAAGAGCUCGUGAUGCAUCACCAGGAAAUACUCAGCUUCUGCGAUGACAUUAAGAAUCUGUCCAGUGAAAUCUUCAUGAUCGAACUCAUCAGUACGACCUACAACCUGUCGCUCAUCGGUAUUCUACUGGCUGGGAACAUGCCUCUUGCGGAGAAAUUCAAAUUCGCGCCGGUCCUCUUCAUCCUGACGACUCAGCUAUUCGUUUGCCAAUAUCCUCCUGACCUGUUGAUCCAAGAAAGCGAAGCAGUGGCGAAUGCAGCUUAUUUCGUGCCGCCUUUCAGACGAGAUCGACGUCGUAUCGACAGGAUUCUGUUAUCGUUGCUCACCAGGUCGCAGACACCCUAUCAGUUGCGCGCCGGAGGUCAGAUUCCACUGUCCAUCGAGUCCUUUGGAAACAUGAUCAGAGGAGCUGUCUCUUUCUUCACCGUUCUCAGAAGUUUCAAUUAAGCUUUUGCAAUACUUGAAGCAUGACAAACGCAUAUAUUUUUUGUAAUUUCAUAAGUAAUUCGAGCAAUAAACAAUGAUUCCUCACAGGUUUAGUGCUAUUUUCAUUGUGGUCGCGUAACUUUGUCAAAGUCGCAGAAUUAAAUUACACGCUUAGUCACCAGAUUUACCCCUUUACAAACUUUUCAAUUUGCGAGUAAACUUUAUCUGUGUCCCAGGUCAUUGAUUAAGCUUGUAAUUAAAAUACUGCUAGUACUCUUAGAAACCUUAGUGUGCAAAUAGAACAGGAUGAAGUUUACAAGAGCUGCGUCUCUCUACCUAAAAGCUUUAAUUUAUUUUUAGUUUUUAUGGUUAGGAGUUGGCAUGAAUUGAACAAAGCGAUGUACGAUAUUCACGUUGCAACGUGUAUAAUGUUUAUUUAACGUCAUUGCUUCAGUUGGUAUAACAAAUGUAAUUCCUCCAUUAUAAAUACAAUCGCGGGCCUUCGGAUACCGCACAAAACGUCGACAGAAGUACAGUUUUAUUAAGUUACUUUCAUA